GUUAUCUCGAGACGAAAUUUGUCAUUAGCGGUGCAGUGUUCUUUUACUCGUGACCACCAUCACCCAUUAUCCUGGGACUGCCUCCACGAAUUGAAAGAUGAAUGCAAGAGGCUCCAAUAGUGCUACGGCCUUGCGCCGACUGAUGACGGAGUACAAGCAGCUCACCUCGGGAGGCUCGCCAGAUGGCAUGUUCACGGCCGGUCCCAUAUCUGAAUCAGAUUUCUUUACUUGGGAGGCUCUCAUCGUGGGCCCGAAGGAGACGCCUUUUGAAGGAGGAGUAUUUUCUGCGAAACUGACGUUUCCAACCGACUACCCCUUAUCCCCUUUCAAAAUGAAAUUCGAACCUCCCUUGUUCCACCCUAAUAUCUAUCCAGAUGGGAACGUGUGCAUCUCGAUCCUGCAUACCCCCGGCGAUGACCCUACAAUGUACGAACAAGCCUCAGAGCGAUGGAGCCCGGUGCAGAGCAUGGAAAAGGUCCUUCUUAGCGUUAUCUCGAUGCUAGCUGAGCCAAACCUCGAGAGUGGCGCAAAUAUCGACUGCUGCAAGCUUUACCGAGACAAUCGUCCCGAAUACGAACGUCUCGUACGAGAAUCCAUCAGAGAACAACUAGGGGUGUAAUAUUGCACAGUUUUGAAGGUGGUUCUUCGCCACGUAAAGCUACUAUUCGUAAUAUGUGGUACUUUAGGAAUUAUAAAGGGCUGUACUUUGGGAAUAUGUCGAACAAAGGGGAAGAAACCAAGAUCCAAGAUCGAUCCACACACACACACACACCAUCACCAUU